AUGGCUAACUUGGCUGAUCAUCGUGUUUAUAGUUGCAAUAAUUGCUGGAAUCCUAUUGCCUUCAAGGAUGAUAUUCUUUCCAAAUCUUUCAUAGCAUCAUCUGGACAAGCAUACAUGUUUCGUAACGCAACUAAUUUGAAGAUUGGAGAUAAAUUUGAGAAGCAACUCCUGAUAGGGCACUUUACAAUAGCAGGUAUAUAUUAUGGUAAAUCUGGACAAGUCUUGGGUUGGAAAUAUAUUCGAGCACAUGACCAAAGACAAGCAUACAAGGAAGGAAACUAUAUUACAAUAAUAAUAAUAAUAAUAAUAAUGUAUUACAAAUAUGUGUUACAAGAUAAAUCUACACUAUUUGACUGGAAUUGGAAUUGCUUUUUAGGGCUUAAUCAAAUACUGGGAAUAGAUUGA